UUGUUUAUAUAAUGGAAUCCGUAUUUUCUAAUAUAUCAUUUUUGGUAUUCUUUAUUCAUAUUUAACUUAUUAUUGUAAAUAUUUCAUAUUUUUUAUUUAAUAAUACGGUAUUAAUUAUAAAAGAUAAGAUGCAUCGUUUUACACUAAAACUUAUAGUAAUUGUUGCAAUUACUGUAAUUAACUAUGUGAAUUGUACACCUGCAUCGGCACAUUUACAUCCUCACUCAAGGAAUUUAGAACGUGAAGAAGAUGGAAGUUUCAAACCUAGGGAUCAUAAUCAUCUUGGCGAUGAUGGCUCACAUAACGUAGAGUUUGAUCACGAAGCUAUAUUAGGUAGUUCUAAAGAGGCAGAAGAAUAUGAUACGUUACCACCAGAAGAAGCGAAGAAACGUCUAUUAGUUUUAGUAAAAAAGAUGGAUUUAAAUAACGAUCAACAUAUUGAUCGUAAUGAAUUAAAAGCGUGGAUCAUUCGAUCAUUUAAAAAUCUUUCAGAAGAAGACGCAGAGGAACGUUUCGAAGAUAUUGACGAAAAUCAAGAUGGACGUAUUACGUGGAAAGAAUAUUUAAUGGAUUACACAGGCAGUUCAGAGGAAGAAGUAGGACAGUUAAUUGAUGAUGACAAAGAAACAUUCAAUGCAGCUGAUUUGAAUAAAGAUGGUUAUCUAGAGCAUCAUGAAUUCGUAAUAUUCAAUCGUCCGGAAGAGCAUCCCGAAACGUUAGCAAUUAUUUUACGCCAUACACUACGUGAUAAAGAUGUUAAUAAAGAUGGAUUUAUCGAUUUUCAAGAGUUUAUUGGUGAGCGUGGUGCUGAACAGAACAAAGAAUGGAUACUUGGUGAAAAAGAACGUUUUUCUAAUGAAUUCGACAAGAAUAAAGAUGCUCACUUAGAUAGUGGUGAAAUUUUAGCAUGGAUUGCUCCAAGUAAUGAAGAUAUUGCUGAAGAAGAAGUUGAUCAUUUAUUUGCAUCAUCUGACGACGACGUUGAUAAUUUAUUAUCAUUUGAUGAAAUUAUCGAACACCAUGAAAUAUUUGUAGGCAGUGAAGCAACCGAUUAUGGUGAACAUUUACAUAAAAUUGAUCAUGAUGAAUUAUAGUUACCUCAAUAUUUUUUAUAUUUAAUUUUAAUUUAUUUAUGUGUGCCAAGUAUUUAUGUUCAAUUUAAUUUUUAUAACCAAAUAUAAUACGUCAUACCUCUUA